ACGGAUCCAUGUGAUGCGCUCAAAAAGCAGGACAAUACUCGCACACAAGGAAAUCAUUGGCAAAGGGGUUUGAUGGUAUAUUUCAUGCCGUGAAUAUGUCAUUUGAAUUAACAGCAAGCCUCCUGGCAAGCGCAAAGUCCGCAGCAAACCUCACAACCAGCCUCCUCACCACCUCGCAACGUCAUAUCGGGUUGGGGUUCAGCUUUCUGAUCCAGAGUCAGUCCAAGAAACGCCAAAUUCAGCAGAGGGCACGACAUACUGGCUGCUCGGAGAUAAUGUCAGUGUUGACAUCGGUCAUGGGAGCUUGUUGCUCGGGCUCGUUUGUUUGGGCAGGCAUGUUGAGAGCACCCUUAUUUAUGGCUACGUCUUCACAGGCUUUCAGCGAGGCCUCGCGAGCUAUGGUGGCUUGGGCCUCGCCGUCUCACACGCAUUGCGUGAAGAGCCGUUCUAACCGACCCCUGGCAGCCGAUGUGCCGGUCCGCGGCAUCGUGCGAUGUAUCCUCGCGGCUUAUACGCCCGUAUUGCUCCUGAGUCUAGUCUGCCUCGCAAGGAUAUGCGCGGUAGGUGGAUGAAGGCAAACGACAUGGCAAGCUGGGCCGCGUAACGCACCAGCAUAUCGGGUGCCGAACGCCCGAGCAGCCCUGCGCGCGGGUGAGGGUCACGACGAUAGGCGCCAUGUCAUGUGAAGGGUGAAACGAAACCACCAAAGCCAUUGGU